AUGACGGGAAAGCUGCAGAUUCAAGCCACAACGUUGAGCAGUUUCGAGGGGAUGGAAGCGAUAGCGUCCAAGCCGGAUGUGGGAAGCUUGGUUUCUAGUCUGCACGUGGAGCAGAAGCGACUUGAAUACGUGGCGCUUCACCUGUUCACGAGCCCUAUGGGGGAGCUGAGCGAAGCUCGACACGAAGAAGCUGUGUGGAAUUUGCUCAAGAACAUCAAACAGCUUUCAGACGUCAAGACGCAGAGCAUGGACCGGUUUGGAGUAUCGAUGGACAACACGAGCGCUAGUGCACAACGAGACGUAUUGAAGCGACUGAAACUCGGGACGCAGGUGUACGGCAUGUUUCCGAGGAUGCUGUUCCUGUACUGCGCCAACGAGCGAUGUGGUUCGAGGUGGUUGAGCAACGCGGUGCCGCUGGCGGCGACUGCCUUGUCUUGUUAUUAUGCGGCAUGGAUGCAGUGUGGCUGGUUGGGCGACCAUGCGGUGGAUGGUCUGACGUUUGCCGAUCUGCUAACUGCAUUCGUAUGCACUCUGCAGCUACGUCAAGCACAGAACGCGUUGCGAGAAGACGCGGCUGAGCACAUCCGUAUGGGUAUCGAGCUAGGCGAGCAAUUGGCGCACAGAUGGGCACAAUACAGCCAUAUGAUGCUUGCAGCUGUGCGCCAGCUGUACAUGAUUCGAGAGUCGGUACUGUCGUGUUCGGGACUAAGCACUCCGUGGCCUGCUGCUUCGGUUGCUACGUCGCACACCACAUCGAGCCCGGUUCUGCGGACGCCACAGCCAGGAGAAUCGAUGCAGCCAGCGUUUCUGAUGCACACGUACUCGCACCACGAUGCUCAACACGAGCACCAGUAUGCUCCGCCGUUGCAUGCGCUGCAUGCGCUGCAUGCGCUGCAGCCGCACCACCUUGAGGCGCAGCAGCAGGUGCAGCAAGAGCCACUUGUGGAAACCAGCGAGUCCGCGGCAUGCUUGCACGCUCUGCGUUACGAAUGGAGUGCACUGAGCGAGAUGAGCACGGAGCGCGGACUGGAGCGGCUUGGUGCCGGACGAGGAUGUGCCAGUUUGCUGCCCAUGUGGCACGAGGAUGGUGGCAACCUGGGCGAGCACAAACACACGCUGGUGUCCGAGUGCAUUGGCUCGAUGCAAGCCGACAUGCGCGGUGCUGUGGAUGCAGGCAUGUGCGUGGCUUCGUCCAUGUCGAUGCCGAUCGAUCCGACACCGUCAUCUGGAGCGGCAGACGCGGAAGCAUGCACGUCCAAGUCGCUACUGUACAUGGCCGAUGAUCGCGAGUGUGGUCAUGACCAUGCCGAGAGAAACGAUAGUUCGCAAUUGGCGUUGUGUUGA